GAAGAUAAAGGUGGGGAAGUUAGCGAGGCGGCUACAACAGCACGAACCAAAGGGGAAAGUAAUCUCAAAGACAACAUUAAAAAUGUUGAGAGAAUUGUUGAAGGAGCGACUAUUGGCGGCGGCCGAUGAAAUAUUGGCGCUGUUUGAAAGAACGGUAGCGUCGUACGAGGACGAACUUUCUCGAACAAGAGAAGAGAACGAGCGAUUACGUCAACAACUUGAAGCUCUUAGCAAGACUCAAAUUGUGCUACACGUUGAAGGCGUCCAGCAGCUGAUUGGUCGUCAAGAGGAACGUCCCCAUCAACCCCAGGGGGGGAGUCCCACUUUGAAACAGGAGGAUCCCCAGCUCCCCCACGUUAAAGAGGAAGAGGAGCAACUCUGGGUCACUCAGGAGUGUCUUCUUGGGCUGGGGGAGGUUGUGAAGGCUGAAGACCAUGAAGACAAACCACUUGAGUCCUCACAACUUCAUCACAGUCCAAGUGAGGAGAACAAAGGGGCGGAGCCUCCAAGCAGCAGCUCACCACAGCACACGACAACAGAAGCUGAAGGAGACCACUGUGGAGGAUCACAAGCAGGCAACCUCUUAGCUCCGAGUGACCACACAACGUCCAACUCUCCUGAGGAUGAAGACAGGGACCACACCCAAAAAGCUUUGAGCAGUGAUGCAGACUGUGAAGACGUCCAGCAACGGCUUGGUCGUCAAAAAGAACGUCCCCAUCAGCCGCAAGGGGGGAGCUCCUCUUCGAAGCGGGAGUAUCCCCAGCCCCUCCACAUUAAAGAGGAAGACGAUCCCCAGCCCCCCCGUGUCAAAGAGGAAGCGGAGGAACUGUGGGUCACUCAGGAGUGUCUUCCAGGGCCGGAGGAGGCCGAUCUCACCAAGUUGCCACUGACUGUCGUGUCUGUGAAGACUGAAGACCAUGAAGACAAACCACCCGAGUCCUCACCAAUUCAUCACAGUCCGAGCGAGGAGCCUCCGAGCAGCAGCAGCCCACCGCCACAGCACACGACAACAGAAGCCGAUGGAGUUAACCGCUUUGCUCCGCUACCGGAUUGUGAGGCUGAAGACACCCGAGAAGCUUCGAGCAGCGAUACAGACUUUGAAGGCGAUACAAGGACUCGCACUGCCAACAAACACUCUGAAUGCUCUCAAAAGAAGGCGGGUAAAAAACGUUUGACUUGCUCCGUUUGUGCAAAAAGCUUUUGUGAUAAGUGUGACUUGAGGCGACACAUGAGGACACACACGGGAGAAAAACCUUUCGCUUGCUCGGUUUGCGGCAAAAGAUUCUCUGACAAGUCAAACAUGGUCAAACACACGAGGACGCACACAGGAGAGAAACCGUUCACUUGCUCAGUGUGCGGCGAUAAAUUUGUGCAGAGUUCCACUUUGAACACCCACAUGAGGACGCACACGGGAGAAAAACCUUUCUGUUGCUCGUUUUGCGGUAAAAGCUUCUCGUGCAAGAGUAACAUGAACGUUCACAUGAGAACACACAGAGUGGAGAAGCCUUUUAGUUGCUCGAUGUACCUCACUGAGAUCAAAAAUCUCUUUCACGACGAGUGAGCCGGCCAAGACGGCAGCAUAUCAUAAAGUUUCUGACGAGACAUUCCCAACAUACGACCGUCAGUGCAUUUUUUUGGAGAGAGCAGUAUGUACAGUACGUGGGGAGGCAAGGUAGGAGCCCAAGAAUAUAUUCAGGGCGUGGGCCAAUAAAAUGUUACCGCUUUUUCAUCAUGCACAUGUUUUCGAAAUGAGGACUUGUUCAAAAAUUAUAUCCCCACAUUCAAAAAUUGAAAAAUUGUAUCCCCACAAAAAGGUAUCCCCAUGUGGGGAUACCUGAAGGAGAGAGUGUACUGCAACAACCCACAGACCAUUGAGGCCCUGAAGACCAACAUCCGUCAGGAAUUUUGGAGAAUCCCUCUUGAGGUGUGUGGCAAUGUCUUCACAAACUUCAAUGUGCGUGUUGCAGCUGUAAUCCACAGAAGAAGAGCGUGGAUUGUCAUCAGUGAUGUCAUCAAUUAUUGAACUGAGUAGAAAACAAGAGACAGAGUGGGAAACCUUUGGUAUCAAAUGUUAAUUUAAUGUUUCUGUAAAUACCAUUUUUGAAUAAGUGGUCACAUUUCAUUGGUCCACCCUGUAUAAAUGAAAGUCAACCAAUGAGUCCUCCUGUGGACGUACAGGGAUAGGAACUUUGCUGCAGCGUCCAAUGCAUGAUGGUCAACGCCACUUCCGCAGCCCGUCAUCAAGCGUGAAGCAGAGUGGUAAACAGUGUCGAGCUUCUUUUUUUUUUUUUUUAAAGAUGCAUUCAUUAAAAGGCAAAGGUGAGAAAGCAGCAGUUUAAGUAGGAUUUAUUUCUGAAAAAGUUGUAGCUUCAGUUUGCGUACAAGAUGCUUGAUAUGUUGCUUUGAAGGACAAAUUUCCAUCGCUAACAAAGCCUAAGUACUUGUACGAUGAGUACGUCACACCCUUUUUUAUUCUAGGGAGCUGGACAUUCUUCAAGGUGGCUGCAUUUCACGUUUUCCAGUUCCAACUUUUAGCUUUGAGUUCAGCAGGGUUGGAUUUACCACAAGACAAACACGGGCAAUUGCAAAAUCUCGGGGCCCCCAAGCCUCCUCUAAAAAGUUAUUCUUUUUUUUACACUGCAAAAACAGCCAUACUUGAAAGAAGCCCAAAUGAUCCUAAAAUGAGACAGUAACUUUUAUUAUUUCAAGCAAGACAUUCUGCCAGUUUGCUUGGCUAGACUUCUUACAACUAGAAUAUUUUUCUUGUGACUUUUAAGAACAUAAUGAGUCCUAGCAAGUUGUUCUUCAUCACAUAGCUAGACUGAAGUCAAAUGUUCUCAUCACAAACUAAGAAGUAAGCCAAAUGCUCUUGUGAGAUUCUUAAAUUGAGAUAAAAUGUGCUUUUAUGAGGCAAGAUUUAAGCUAAAUGUUUUGACAUGUUCUCGAUGAAGGAGUAUUCUUCUAUUUUCUUCCAAUUUCUAGAGUCCAGUUAACCAAGGUUGCCUGAUUGUGGCGCUAACACACUAACCACUCGGCCGCCAUGCAGCUAACAUCUUUGCUUGUCGGCAUGUUAGUUAUGUUGCUUACUUCUUUUCAACAAGCAAAUGAUAUGGAUGGAACUUUUAUUUUUAAAAGAGUGUGAUUGUAUCUAAGAUUCACUUUAUUUAGGAAAACCUGCUGUCAUAAACACUAUCAGAAUUCUUUUUAGGCAUGAUUUGCAUGUCAGUUGACUCGUUUUUACGUUUAUAAACUAGAUAAAAAGAGAGUCAUAUUUUCUUGAAUCAAGUGUUAAGAAUUUGACACAUUUACACAGACUUUGUAACUAGAUUUAAUGUCAUAAAUCUUGGUACGCUCUAUGAAAUUUGCUGCGCAGCCUUCACAUUGGUCCCAAAUCAGCAAAUCUUUACAUCUAUUUUCCGUGUGUCAGUCUAUUCUUAAAUUUUGAAAGUUUAGAAACCAGUUUUAUUCUUAAUUUAAAACAAAUUCUUAAUCUGUUGCUGAAGAAUAAUCAAACCCUGCAAAAAAUGUUAAAAAAUGUCUAUAGAAAGAUUUUGAUCAGAAUAACUUGUUCUAUAGCAUUUAAAUUAAGUUUUAGCUUGUUAUAAGAAAAAAAACUAAUUUGUGGCAAAAAAAUAUCUUCAUAAGAAUUAGCUAGCUACACAUUCUUAAUAUAAGAUUAUUUUUCAAUAAUCUUAUAUAAUGCAAUUAUAAGUGAAAAUUGCUAGGCAAGAUAUUUUUUCUUUUUAGGGAAAAAAUAAGAAAUGGUUGCAUAAAAUGGGAAUUUUUUACUUUUUGAAAUUGAGUUUUUGCAGUGUAAACUUUGAUUUAAGGUACGUAUUACUGUUUCAGUCUUCACUCACGUACUUAAAACGAUUGAUUCAGGAAUACGGGAGCAAAACCAACUUGUUGGCGGCGCAGUUUGGGGGGGAAAAAAGGAAGCAGAGUUAGCCCAGUGAAGAGGACAAGGCGAGAGGAAAACAAAACUACCUUUUUCACGGUCACAACAAACGUUGACACGUGACGGCGGUGCUGUCUUUGUCGGCCGCGGAGAAUGCGGUAGUUCUAGAGAUGAAGGUGAGACUGACGCUUUUCACCACAAAGAUGUGCGUAUUAAAGCGCUAAACAACAUUAAAUGUUGCUUAAUGUUCUUAUCAAUUCCAGUAAAACUCCCCAGCUAGCAGUGCAAGGAUGUGGAGGGCCCCAGUGACAUCAAAAUGUGGCCUAUUCGAUGUUACUGCGCAUGUGCAGAUUGAUUCAGGAAGGCGGUAGAAAACAAGCUUGUUGCCGCACUUUGGGGAAAAGAAUGAAGUGGAGUCACCGCAGUGGAGCUGAGUGUCUUGCUUGCAAUUUUUGAAAAUUGAAAAUGAAAAAAGGCGCUCGACACAUUUUGCCAAAGAUUGUUCACACAAGAGGAAAAUAGCAACAGACCUAGAACAGAACCUUGGGGUACUCCUUUAGUUACGAAAAGGAAAGAGGAAGACGGACUGUAAGCACUGAGUUUAGAUCAUUAGAAAAGCAGUGUUGAAGGCUUGAGACGAUCAUGUUUUCCUGUCCAGUUCGUGUUAAGAGAUUGUCAAACCAUCGAAGUGCAAUGUCACACGUGCAAAGUCACCUGGAGAGUGAUGAUCUGCCGUGCGCGUGGUACCAGAUUCCCUCAUGACUUAAGAGCAGACAGACAACUUCAAAUAACCUCUGAGGUAAAUAAGAAAUGUUGACUUUCUAACAACCUCAGAAAGGUUGAGGACAACAUGGAUGGAACGCUUCUUGUGGACUGCAGAAGUGUUCAUCAGUGAUU